CCCCUACUGCCACUGAUGCCUAUUUCCCCAGCUUGGUAUCGCUGGCUUACUGAUCGUGUUGUGGCCACUUGGUUUACACUUCCAGUGGCACAAAACCAACUGGAUGACCCUGGAUCAGCCUCUUUACCUCUCAGCCAUAGGAAUGAGGCAGUGGCAAACCACUUAUGAAAAUUUUUGCCAAGAAAACUGCAGGGACUUGUGCGGGCAGUCUCUGAAAAGCAGACAUGAUUGAAUGGAUUGGGUUUUUUUUAAUGCAAGCAUUAAUCUAAUAGUAAAACUUUUAAUGUGUAGCUUGAGAUAAAUCAAUAUUUGUUAAAACAUGGUUUUAUAUAAACACAACUCUUCUCUUCAUAAGGGUAGGAUUUAUUUGUCUCCUUAAGUAAUAAUAGCAUUUAGAAGACUCAACAAUAUGCAAUUUCUGUCAUUUCAAAAUGGAUUCUAAAUGUCUGAUACUUCGAAUGUACAUUAGAUACUUCUGGAUUCCAUUUUAUUUGUUUAUCUCACUGUUGCCUAAAAGCCUGCAAAGUAUUUUAACAUAUGUCCCACCUUUAAUGUCACUAGCGUUUUCCAGUAGAAUCAAUGGAGGGGUUACGCGUGGGUUUUGUCACAGCCUGAUUGGUCCAUAGACUGGGAAAUUUCUUUAAUAUUCCUUCUUUCCCAUUGGCUCCCAGUUUCCUCUCAGUCUUUUGGUCCAAGCACUACUUUGGCUCUUAGAUAGGAAAAUUACUGUGAAUUAAUUGUAAUUGAUUAAUUGAUUUGAUUGAUUUGAUUUUCUAAAUUCUAAAUUACCUCAGCUUCGGCCUUAGGGCAGUCAUUUCUGCCUCACGCAGCUUAGGAGAGCCCUUCGGGGCACCGCCCUCUUACUCUGUGGGCCAGGAGUCCUGUCUGAUCUCUGGUCCAGCAUGGGUGACGGGUUUCGAAGCGCAGCUUCCGGGAGCUUGGUGCAAGCCAAGUUUUUCAGCUGCAUAAUUUAAAAGGGAAACCGCGACUUUUUUUCUGGCGCUGAGAGCCUCCUCGGAGCGCACGGAAAUUCCCCCAUCACACUGUCCUUCUCUAGCUCCUCGUGAUCGCUGCCUUCUGCCGCGCCUUCCAGAUCAUCAGGGAGUGCAGCGAUUAAAAAGAAGAGCCGCGGCACUUAAAAGGCAAUCUGCGGCCGUUCCAAACCACUCGGCAGCGCGAUCGGAAGCUCCGGCGGCCAUUUUGAAAUGCGCCACGUUGAGGCCAUUCGCAGAACCGCCUGGUCGCCCUCAGUCGUGGUCACUAAUCAAGGCCAGCAGGACAUUGAACUGAACGCAGAUCCACAGCUCCCAUAGGCCAAGCUACUGGUGGAACCUACAGUGGCCUUAGAAUCCGGACACGUGAGUGUUACAAUGGCAGCAAGAUCUGAGCCUCCCCAGGCCCCACCAGAGGCCCAUAAAGGAGGCAGGGAAGACCAAUUAGAUAGGCCAAGAACCAGGGCCGCGGCCUCCAAGUCCAUGGCUGAUCAACGCCCUUCCAGGGCCGCAACAAGUGAUGAACUUAGAAGACAGAGGGCUCUGGAGAAAACCAUUGCCAGAGCAGAAAAGCAGGCCCAGAUCACUAGGCCCAACUCGGCCAGCAGAUCCAGAUCUCCUAUCAGGCCCUCAUCCAUCCUUUUGGGCUCUCCCCCCAGAGGUUUCAGCCUUUCUUCCCCUUCAGUCUCCCCUACUAGAUCCCAUAGGUAUUCCAGGCAGGGAGUUUCCCCUUCCUCUUCUAUCUCCCCAAGAGCCAUUGUGGGUGGGGAUGCGGACCCCUUGGAGGGACCUUCUAGGUCUUACCAUACCUCUGCAGGGUUAGCCGCCAUUACCAGGUCCAUUGCAGGAGGACCUUGAAAACUAGAUCUUCUGCCUAAAAGUAUUAAAAGAUUCAUUUCUUUGGCCAUCUCACGGGGCAUUCCCAGUAUGUCCCAGAGAGAUAGAGCUCCUCAAUCUGGCAGGGCCCCGGGGGUUUAUAGGCAACAGCAUCUCAGGCCCCCAUCCCCCUCCAUGGUCAGCGAAGUUUCCAUUUUUGGGAAGGACAAUCAUUACGACAUGGGUUUCUCAGAAGACAAGGAUUCGGUUCCUCCUGAUCCCCCCCGCCUUUCCGGGUCUGUUUCCACCAGUCAUGUUUAAAAUGCUGUUACACAAAGCCAGGAAAACCACUAAGAUCGGAACUAGGGAUCCAACGGUCCCUCAACCUAGGGACCCCAAUCUGGCUAUGUUUUCUAACACUGCGAUGAACAAGGAGAAGAUUCCUGCUCCCCCCCCCCUGUUUCUUGAGGUAGUAAAGAAGCAGUGGAUCCGUCCGUCCUACCUUUUCCAACCUAGGCAGCAGCGAUCGCCGCUUCUACAAUGUAGAGCAGGCCUUUGCUCAGGCUCUGCAAUUGCCAGCAAUGAUACCCCAGUAGCAGCUCUGGUUUCUUCCUCCUCUGUAGCUUCUAGGGAUUCAGCUAAUAAGAUGAAGCCGGAGGACAAGCAUGCGGAACUUGCCUUGAGCAAGAACCUUAACGCAUCCGCCUGGGCAAUCAAAUCAGCGGCGGCUUCUUACUUUAACUGCACGACUGUUAUGUGGCUCCGUCAACUCCAGUAUUCCGAUCCAGGAUGAGCGGCUGCAUCAAGACAUAACUAAAAUCAUAGCGGCCUCUCAAUUUUUGGCCGACGCAACCCUGGACGCCGUUAAAUUUGCCUCCAGUGCUGUAGCCGCGUUGGUAACCUCCUGGUGCUUGUUGUGGUUCUACACUUGGCAGAUAGACAACAAGGCCAAAUGGAAUUUGGUGGUGGCCCCUUACACAGGCGCUAAUCUUUUUGGGGAAGCAUUAGAUCCCAUCUUAAUAGAGAACAAGGAUAAGAAAAAGGUCCUUCCCUCCUAUGCUAAAAAGUCAGACUCUCACCCUCCUCCAUAUUGUAGACCCUCUUACAGGGCCCCCGAGCACGACCACCAGCAGAAAUACAAUUCCUUUAGGUUAGACAGACAGUUCCAACACCCAUCUUACCAGCACUGUAGCAGGUACCAGGUUCAGUCCAUGCGGCCCUGGGAGCUGAACAGAGUAACAGUGACAACGGACAUGAGUUUGUUCGGUUGGGGUGCCUUGAUGGACUCCAGGCUGGCGCAGGGUCGUUGGACUGCUUCAGAUCUCCGCCACAACAUUAAUUGGCUGGAGCUGAAGGCAGCUCGCGUGGCCCUCCAACACUUCAAGGACUUGCUUGUAGGAUGUCAUGUGCUUCCCUGACAGACAAUGUAGCCACAAAGGCCCACAUAAACCGUCAGGGGGGUACCCACUCCCGGGCUCUCUGGCUAGAGGCCCUGAAGAUCGGUUCAUGGGCAAAGAGAUACUUGUCAUCACUGGUGUCAACACAUAUCGGGCACAUCCAACCAUCAGGCCAACUGACUGAGCCAAGCAACCCUCGACAACGGCGAGUGGCAACUCCUACCCAAGUUGUUCCAGAAGAUCUGCUGGAGGUUUUGCACCCUGCGGGGGGACUUGUUUGCUACCCCAGCAAACUUUCAACUGUCGAGAUUCUUCUCCUGCUUCCAGAAUUGAACCGCGAACGGCACAGACUCAGGAGCAGAUGGCCGCCAGGCCUUCUUUAUGCCUUUCCCCCUAUCCCCCUUAUCCCGGGGACCCUCAGUAAGGUAGUGACAGAGAGGGUGUACGUCAUCAUGCUGGCCCCUAUUUUCCCAGGAAGCCCUGGUUUGCGGACCUAGUCCAACUAUCAGUCUCCCCUCCAUGGAGGAUUCCUCGAGAGGAGAUUGUCUUGUGCCAAGGGGUCCUGAUCCACCCGGAGCCUCAGUGGCUCCACUUGACCACUUAGCAUUUGAGUGGCGACUCCUAAGGAAUGCUAACCUAUCCUCCAAGUUCAUAGCAACCAUUGAGGCCUCGAGACAUCCAUCGGCCACUCGGAUCUACAACUCCACGUGAUCGGUGUUCGUUAGGUGGUGUACAUCGCUAGGUAUCAGCCCCACCGGAGCCUCAGUGGCCCAGAUUCUCAAGUUCCUACAGAAGGGGCUAGAUGGAGGCCUCUCCCAUAACACCCUACAUCGCCAGGUGGUGGCUUUGUCCUCCAUUCUUGGGGGGGGGUGUCCCUCCACCCUCUCUCACCUCCCUUUGAUUAAACGGUUCCUAAAGGGGGUGGAAAACCUCAGGCCUCCCCCAAUACAUAGAUUUCCAACCUGGGACCUGCCCCUUGUCCUCAAAGCACUGAGAGUAGUACCAUUUGAAUCCCUUCGAAUGCUCCACCUUAGAUUACUUUCCCUCAAGGUGGCUUUCCUAGUCGCAGUGACGUCAUCCAGGUGUAUUUCGGAACUGGGCACCCUGUCGUCUAGGGAUGAUUUUUGCCAAUUCCAUCAAGAUAGGGUGGUCCUUCGUCUGGAUCCUACAUUUCUCCCGAAAGUGAACACUCCAUUCCACAGGGCACAAGAGAUCAUUUUGCCUAAUUUUUGUCUGGCCCCUUCCCACAAAAGGGAGCAUCUCUGGCACCGACUGGAUGUCCGCCGCACCUUGCGUAUCUAUCUCAGGCGAACGUCGGGGGUACACAGAUCAGAGGCUCUCUUUGUCUCUUUUCAGCCCGGGUCUUUAGGAGCCAGGAUGUCCUCAGCCACCAUUGGCAGGUGGCUGCGGCAGGCCAUAGCGACAGCUUAUGAGGCAUCUGGUCAGGCUCCCUCGGCAGGGAUCACGGUCCAUUCCACCUGAAUGUCAGCACUGAAUGCUGAGUGUCGCAGCAUGGGCUACCAGGGCCCCAUUCAAGGACAUUUGCCAGGUGGCCGCUUGGUCGUCCAUGACCCCUUUCAUCCGUCACUACCGACUGGAUGCAUUCACCUCCUUGGAGGCGUCCUUUGGUCGCAGGGUCCUACAGCGGGUGGCAGCCGCCUCUCACCUGGGUCCUAGUUUCCCUCCCCGGGACUAAGCUUGGAUAUGUCUCACGCGUAACCCCUCCCUCGAUUCUACUAGAAAAAGAAUGUUGGUCUUACCUGAACGUGUCUUUUCAGUAGAAUAGAGGGAGGGGUUACGACCCGCCCUAGUUAAGUAUAGAGAUAGGCCAGUGGGAGGGCUGGGAGGUCCCUUGGUGUUCUUGUGUUUUUACAGGUGUGGUCCAUCGACAUCGUGGAAACUGGGAGCCAGUGGGAAAGGAGGAAUAUUAAAGAAAUUUCCCUCAGUCUAUGGACCAAUCAGGCUGUGACAAAACACACGCAUAACCCCUCCCUUUAUUCUACUGAAAAGACACGUUCAGGCCCUGCUGGAGAUAGUGUUUGGGUCAAAAGUAGUCAUAACAGGUGAUGGAUUCAUCCCCGGAGAAAGAAGUGUCAUAAUCAUGAAUCAUCGAACACGAAUGGAUUGGAUGUUUUUAUGGAGUUGUUUGCUGAGAUAUAGCUACCUCCGACUUGAAAAAAUCUGCCUCAAAUCUAGUCUCAAAGUCAUUCCGGGAUUUGGUUGGGCCAUGCAGGUUGCUGCCUUCAUUUUCAUUCAGAGGAAAUGGGAAGAAGACAAACAUCAUUUUGGAAAUAUGCUGGAUUAUUUUUGUGAUAUCCAUGAACCCCUACAGCUCCUCAUCUUUCCUGAAGGAACUGAUCUCACAGAUGAAACUAAAGCCCGCAGUGAUAAAUUUGCUGAAAAAAAUGGACUUCAGAAGUAUGAAUAUGUCUUGCACCCAAGAACUACAGGCUUCACUUUUAUAGUGGAUCAUUUAAGAGAUGGUAAUAACCUUGAUGCUGUUCAUGACAUAACAGUGGCAUAUCCUCAAAACAUUCCACAAACUGAGAAACAUCUUCUGUGUGGAAAUUUUCCCAAGGAAAUUCAUUUUCACAUCUGUAGAUACUCUGUAGAAUCCCUGCCAACCUCUCCGGAAGACUUGCAACUCUGGUGUCAGAAGCGCUGGGAAGAAAAAGAAGAACGGCUGCGCCAGUUCUAUGAAGGCAAAAAAUACUUUGAUGUGUCAGGGAGAAGCAAAAUCCCACCCUGUAAAUCUGAGCUCAGAGUCUUGGUUGUUAAGUGCAUUUCCCUCUUGUAUUGGACAUUUUUCACACUCUUUUCGAUUGCACUGUUAUACAUGUACAACUUUGUACGAUGGUAUUUUGUGGUUGUAGUUGUCAUUUUCUCUGUGCAAGAAAAGCUGUUUGGUGGACUUGAAUUAAUAGAACUUGCAUGUCAUCAAUUUUUUAAUAGACGCAGGUUACCCAAUGUAAACAGAUAUUAAAUUUAACUGGUGUAUGUACUGUUUGGAUGGGUGUUGUUUGUGAGCACUUUUCAGAUGUGCCAUAAAUUUUUCAUAGUGGAAGGAGGUUUUGCAUGAGAAUUAAUUUUUCUUAAUGCUGUUUUGGUUAAUGCACUGUACUCUUCUUGUAAAGGACAAAAGUUCAUAUUGAAUUUUUAAUUUUUGAAUGUAUCAAUGUUCCUCUCGUAGCUAGCCUCUGCAACCACGCUGGAAAAGCAUUUGCUGACCAAUCAAAGUUUAUAUCCAUUGAAUUGUUUAAAUACAUAGCUCUAAAUUGCUGGGCAAACUAGGGAGCUAAAAGUUAUGGACUGUGAUUCUUACAGUGCCUUGCUAUAAAUAAUGUAUGAGAUUUGAAAGUCCCAAGUUAUUACACAAUUAAUAGUUGACUAUCUUCAUUUCUCUACCAUUAUAUAUAGAGUUAAAUAGCUGAUGCAAUUAUUGUCAUCAAAAUCAAUAAAUAUUUUGAUCUAUUGAAAGAAAAAACAAAACGGAUAAAUGAAGAUAGUCAGUUUUGAACUAUUAAAACUUAUUAUAUUUGGGGGUGGGGGGAAUCCAAAAGUCAAUAAGGCUUACCUCUAAGUAAAGGUGCUAGUAAAGGUAACUGAGCUGGACCCCACUGUCCUUUUGCAAGUCCUAAAUCAUCUUCAGGAUUCCAUUCCUGUGAAUUGUUUGUCAUAUGGUGAAAUCGUAGUCCAUCUCCAAUUCAGGUUUAAGCUACCCUGCAAACCUAACCGCUAAAUGCUUAGACAAAGCAACGUGAAACUGGAUGAAGUAUAGAAAUUCAUUUUCCCUUUGUAUGAAAAUAGAAAUAAUGUUUAAAAUUUCCCCAUUGGAUUAUUACUCUAAGAAACAUUAAGGUUUUUCUAUUAACGUUUGUCUUCUUUCUCAAAAUCUGAAUUAGGAGAAUACUUUUAGCAUGAAAACUGAAGAACGUUUGUGAAAUCAGUCCAUGCUUGACCAUAAGCAGCCCCCCUCCCCCCCCCCAGCUUCUACUCCAUGUAAUGAAUUAGAUUUUUUUUUUUUUUUCAAAUUUCCUAAUUGGACCCUCUUUUCUUUUUAUGGCUGAACAUCUUCCCUCCUUUUUUUUUAAUGGAAUUACGGUGAAAUCUUGAACUGGCUGCACUUCACUCAUCUUUUACACUUAACACAGCAGGCCAAGAGAUUUCUCUGAAUUUUAAUAAUACCAGAGCGAUAAGCUAUAUGUUCAACAUAUUAAAUGUCAUAGCUAUUUCCACAUCUUUUUCAAUCCCCAUCGCCCCUAUAGUAAGUUUUCACACAACCAUUUUAUAAAUAAAUUGUAUUAAGAGCUGCUGGCAUAUGAAAGGUCUGUAAACUGGUCUUAGAUUACCAAUGUUAUCAAAAUGUCAAUGUUUUAGCCAUAAAAUAUAUUUACUCUAGAGCAACAAUAAAGAAUUUAAAACGCAAA